AGCCUAUUCCUGCACAUUGCGACAAACAUUAGCCACACGUGGCCUUCUUCAGCUGUGGAGGAGGCGGCCACGCGCACUCCAGACCAAAAGGAGCUAAUAAUAAAUGGGGACGAAGAUGAAGGGUCUUUUGAAAGGUCUUCGAUACAUUUCUCAGAUAUUCGAGGAGGAGAAAGAAGCAGAAAUGCAAAUUGGGAAUCCCACAGAUGUAAAACAUGUGGCUCAUAUAGGAUGGGAUGGCCCUUCUGCUUCAAUUGAAAAUUCACCAAGCUGGAUGAAAGAAUUCAAAGAAUCAACAGGAGGAUUCCAAUCAGCACCUUUAGGGGAACCUGGAGACUCUAAAGAGAACCCUGAAGUUAAAUGGGUUUCUGAAGAUUCGAAAAAAGGAAGCAGAGAACUACCUAAAUUGCCCAAAUCUUCGAGGCGUCAUACUUCAUUAGACAGUCCAAAUGAUUCGCCGAGGAAGAAAGAUGGAUCAACCAGAUCAAGACACUCAAGACGACACAAUUCGAAGGACUCAUCUGAUAGCGUUAAAUCAAAUCGACAACACCAAGAAUGCGAAUCAACAUCAGAAAACAUCCCCGACAUUCCAAAAAAAUCGAGGAGAAAGAAGUCGAAAGAGUCAAACAAUGUUGGAUCAUCUCGAUUAGGAUCACGAUCUAAAGGUCCUUAUCCUGGACCUGAUGCUGAAUCAAUAGUACCAAGAAUUGAACAAUGAUUUGCAUCAAAUUGAGUCAAACAGUGGGUAUUCUUAAUGAUGUUUCUUGAUCUUAUUUUCCCCUAGGUAGCUAGAAACAUUUUUUUAUUUAUUUUCCUUCGAAAAAACCUGGAUUGAGAACUAUUUUCAUUUGGAGUCUUGUUGUCAACCACAAAGAUUCUAUAGGGAUACGCGGGUCUCGAUAACCGUAUUAAGGAAGAGAAAGAAGUUCUGAUUUUUUUAUUUCAAUCAUGUCCAAUACUAUGAACUAAAAUAUGUGUUAUAGUACAGUGUCA